UGUGUGUGUCAAAGGUCACUUGUGUUUAGCCAUGUGCAAAAGUUGCUGGUGUUGCCGUGCGACUGAUGUGGUGAACCACCCAUAAAAACGUCUGAUUUUAUCGCAUCUGACAUUCGAUCACGAUGAAUUCUUGUGGUGUAGCUCUUGUGGUACUUUGCGCCUGUGCCAGUCUCUGGAGCGUCGCUCAGGCUCAGAGCAAGUAUACAGAAAAUGUCAAUAUUAAAGACAACCAAGUUGACAGGUUUCGGACGAAAAUCGUGCAGCAAGUUUGGGAGAAGGCCAACCGGAUGAACUUGCCACCUAAGAAGCUGGAAGAGUUGAGUCAAACGCUGCAGCAGCACGACGUCAAGGUGCUGCAGCUCAAGAAACACCAACAAGACGGUGGUGACCCCGAGGGAGACACAGAGACCCUCUUGAGACGAAAACUCACAGAUAUCAUGCGGAAAUUUGGAAUUAUUCCCUAUGACGGCAAGGAGCAGCUACGGAUGAAAGAAGCCAACCAGAAAAGGGACAUGACCGGAGAAGAAUUCCAAGACCAUAAACUGAACAAGCUUUGGAUAAAGGCACAACAGUCACCUAAUUUUAACAAGCUGGAAUUGGAACAGCUGAAAGAAGAGUUGACCCACCACCAGGAAAAAAAAGAGCAGUUUGAGCAGCUUUCCGGCCAGCUCUAUGGCGACCGAACCAGAGAUGCGAAUCGCGUCGAGACACAUGCAGACAAGAAACGCAUUGACCCAGACGAACGCUCGGUCCUGGAGCUCGACCUGAAGAUCCAACAUCGCGAGCUGACCAACGACUUCCAGCGCCUGUCCAACAAGAUGCUCCCUGACGAGCACAAAGGAGAGUUCACGGAACCGAGGGUCAUUAACCUGUGGAGGGAAGCCAUGUUUGCCAAUUUCACAGCCGAGGAGCUGGAAUCUAUACGCGCGGAGCUGAAACAUUUCGAGGCCAAGAUCAUUAAAUACGAGGAUGUGCAGGUCCAGUCUCUGCAUGCUGAGAAGCAGUAUCGCAUUGCCAAGAAACAAGGAGACUCCGUGGACUCCUUAAAGCACAAGACUCUCAGGGACGAAGCCAGGGAACUUGGCAACAAUGUUCAUGAGUUUAUGAAUGAUAUGAGAGGACGGAUCCAACGCGGCCGGGAUCGCGCCGACGAACUUUAACGCACCCCGACCACGACUUACAAGUAGGACAGCACUCUUGUGUGCUGGUGUCUUUUACUCAGUAUAAAUGCAAAACGAGUUUUCUUUUAUAUAGGACAGAAAUAUUUAAAUUUUAUUCUUCAUUUUCAACUAUUUUUUUUGAAAUUCUAGAAAUGUCAGCUAUAACAAGCAUGCAAUGUAUAAGAUUGUGCCAGACUGGGACCGUGAGUGCAUGAAAACGUGCAAAAUUACUACUGACGUUUGUUUACUCACCAUUAAGCUAAUUAA